GCUAGGUGUACAAUUAGCAGGGCCGAUUUCAAAAUUCUUCAACAGCGAAGAAAAACCAAACAAAAUCCAACUCUCAAGCCUUUCCCAAUCAUCAAUGGCGAUUCCAAAAACCCUGAAUCCAGCAGUUCCCUUUCUCAUCAUCCUCUCAACUCUACUCCUCUCCGGAGAAUCAAGAACUGACACGAAUAAUGUAUUCUCUCCUUGCGGCGAUACGAAGGUGCAGAAGAAGGAUGGCUUCACAUUUGGUAUCGCGUUUGCUUCAAGGUCGGCCUUCUUCUUCAACAACAACAAUUCCGUUCAGCUGUCGCCGUGUGACAGUCGCCUCUCGCUCUCCAACGGAAACUCCCAGGUCGCUGUUUUCCGCCCCAAAGUGGACGAGAUCUCACUCCUCACGAUCAAUACCUCCAGUUUCUUCCCGGAAUCUUUUGGAGGUUAUAUGGUUGCAUUUGCUGGUCGAAAAUAUGCUGCAAGGUCCAUUCCUGCUUUUGUUGCAAAUGGUACAUACACUGUAACAAGUUUUACUCUGGUUCUCGAAUUCAAAAAGGGCAGGCUGCAGAACUUGUAUUGGAAAAGAGACGGCUGCUCAUCUUGCUCUGGCAAUUCUAACUUUGUUUGUCUCAACAAUCAAGACUGUGCAAUAAGAACUAAUAACUGCAAAAACCGAGGGGGAGGAGGUUCUGUAGACUGCAGCCUUGGUAUUCAACUGACAUUUUCUGGUACAGAUAAGCACGAUUCAGUUUUUAACUCGUGGUAUGAAGUUCAGAAUCUUCGGCAGUAUUCCCUUUAUGGUCUUUAUUCUAAUCUCAGGAAUUCUCUCACCAGUCAAUACAACAGAAUCCUUUAGUUUUCUUUAUUCUGUUAAAUUAGAUUUUUCAUGGUGUGGAUUUCUGUUUUAACUCUUAAAUACGUAAUAUGUUAUUUUCAAGCUGUGCACUUGGUGUUCUUGUAUUUUGAAGAAUUAUGGAUGGUUGUGUAUAUUUAAAUUCUUUCAUGGCUUGAAAAGUAUGAUGUAUCAAAACAAAACGAUGCUUUGGAUUUUGAGCGAGCGGUUUUCCUCCGACUGUA